AUGUAUAAAUCUGUUAGUACACAGGUUGUUACUCAAAGAGUUGAAGGUUAUUCUAUGGUUCAACUUGCUAACGUUGGAUCUAGAAGAAUAACUGCUUUUUUUAAUACGUUUACUCCGACUGGAGCUGAAUAUUUCAACGUUAGAGAUAUUUUAUCUGGUUCACAGUCUUUUAUAAGAUAUGCUUCAUUAUUUAAAAGAUUUAGAUUAGAUUAUAUUCAGGUAUCGGCUUAUUGUGAUCAUUCUCAUUCUACUUUGAAUGGUUAUACAUUUGAUUAUGCUCUUAAUUUUUUCCCUCAAUAUUACGGAAAUACUGGUGAUACUUUAGUGUCUGAGAUAAGAUCUUCUGAUCAAACUUUAGUUGUGCAAAAUCUUAGACUUAAGUAUACUAAAAGAUGGGCACCAGUGUUAGAUGGACCUAAUGGUACUGGUUAUGGACAAUGGAUGCCAUUAAAUGGUGAGACAGCUAAUGCUAUUAUUGGACAAGUUUCUGUUGCUUCUCUUCUUCCACCGUUAUCUUCUACAACAACACAUGCUCUUGGCAUGGUUACAGUAUAUGUUGGUAUAUCUUUUGCUGAUAAGAAUUUUUAG